AUGAACUCUCCUAAAGAAGGCCUUGAGAAUAUCUACUUAUCACUGCUUUUCUUUGGCAUCCUGGGGAACAUGUUCCUUCUUUGCCUACACAUCUUUAAAUUUAUCACUGGUCACAGGAAAAGACACAUAAGCUUGAUAAUCACAAAUAUGGCUUUUGCCCAUGUUUUGAUGAUUUUUUGCAGAGGCAUCCCCCGAAUGAUAUCCAAAUGGGGAUGGAGAUUUUUGCUAAAUGAAAUGAUGGGCAAAUUCAUUACUUAUCUCACAAGAAUGACCCGAGGUGUUUCUCUUUGCAACACCUGCCUCCUGAGUGUCUUCCAAGCACUCACCAUCAGUCCUAACAGCCUUAAGAUAAAAACUAGAGCCCAAAAUUAUAUUCUUCUCUGCUGUAUCCUGAGCUGGGUUUUCAAUCUUCUUCUUGAUAUAACUUUGCCUCUGAGUAUAAAUAAUUCAAGGAACAGCAGUAAAGAAAGAUGGAGGAUUGGGCAUGUUUCUUUUGACUUAAAUGUCAUAAGUAUUAUAACAAUCUUAACUUGGAAGUCAGUUGUUGAUGCUCUAUUUGUGGUUCUCAUGAUCUGUUCCAGCGGCUAUAUGGUGUUUGUCCUGUACAGACACAAUCAGAAAGUCCAACACAUUCACAACGUCAGCCUCUCCCCCAGGGCCUCACCUGAGACCAGAGCAACCAAAAUAAUCCUGAUGCUGGUGAUCACCUUUGUCUGCUUUAACUCUGCAAGUUCCCCUUUUGUAAUUUAUGUCACUUCUGAUAGACUAACCAGACCCUGGGCACUACACUUCACUGUCACACUUUCUUUGUUUUAUCCAAUAGUCAGUCCGUUUAUGCUGCUCAGCAUUGACACCAGAUGCCCAGGUCUUUUAGGACACUUUUAG